CAAUGGUUUGUCUUGUUAAAGUUCUUCAUUUCUCUACACAGUACAUAAUAAAAGAAACCUUUUUUGGAGCUUUCAUGUAGAUACAGGAAGAGAGAGAGAGAAAAUGAUAGAAAGAGAUGUGUGUACGUGCGUGAUUCUGUAUAGUCACUGUUAACUCUCACGUGGGUAUGGAUAGAAUGAUGGAUAGAAGGCAGUUCAUCAUCCAAGUGAGGCUAAUUAUAUUCUUCAUUCUACGGCGUUAAUAUUUGCUGCUUCAGUGUUUUUCGGUGUGUUGUUGUUGUUGUUGUAUAUUUUGUUUGUAAUUUGUAAUGUCUAAAUGGUAUGGAUACUGACAGUUCUUUGAUCUUCUUCUUCUUCUUCUUUCUUGAAACUGGACUGAGCCAGCGAUUCAUUGUAUUUGUAUGAUUCUUCUACUUAUAAUUAUAAUUAUAAAUUGGAUUGUGAACUUAAUCUCUUUAUUUAUUCACUGUGGGAUGAUAAUAUAAUGGAUUCAAGGGACAGUUAAUUAAUGUCGGUUAAGCAGCCAGCUGCAGGAGGGCGGAAUGCUGUACACGUGUCACCGUAAUCUUACGUGGCAAGCGGUGGGUUUUUCCCAAAUGCAACGUGUGAGGACGCAGUGGCAUGAAGUCAUGCACUAAAAAGCUAAGGUUGCUCCUUUAAAUGGUAGGGAACGAGGAAGCUAAGGGAAUAUCGAUCUCCACAUUUCUGAUUUGUAUCCAAUUAAUCCUCUAAUAAUCUUGUACGUAAAAUGUCUGCUCAUGUACGUGACGAGCAUGGCAAUCCAAUUCAGCUAACGGACCAGCAUGGAAACCCCGUAUACCUCACCGACGAGCGCGGCCGUCCGAUGCACCUCACCGGUGUCGCCACCGCCGUUGGCUCCGACAACGUCGUAGUAACUCAUGAGUACGACACUGCAGUAAUCAAACAGCGGCCGGAAGAACCGUACCAACAGCCCCAACUUAACCGCUCCGGCAGUUCAAGCUCUAGCUCGUCUGAAGACGACGGGCAAGGCGGAAGAAGAAAGAAGAAAGGGCUGACGGAGAAGAUAAAGGAAAAACUGCCGGGGAAGAACAAAGAACAGAAGGAGGAGCAUGCACACGCUGCGACUACAGAUACAGUGAUCCACGGCGGCGCAACCUUCACUACUACCGGAGGGCAUCACCCGGAGAAGAAGAGUGUGGUGGAGAAGAUCAAAGAGAAACUGCCUGGCUAUCAUCACUAAUUACUAUAAGUAGUUAUCUUCAGAUCAUCAUCAUAUAAUAAUAUAUAGAAAUGU